GCAAGUACAUCGCCUCAACACAACGACCUGACGGGACCUGGCGCAAACAGCGAAGGGUGAAAGAAGGCUAUGUGCCCCAGGAGGAGGUCCCAGUGUAUGAAAACAAGUAUGUAAAGUUUUUCAAGAGUAAACCAGAAUUGCCCCCAGGGCUGAGUCCCCAAGUCCCUGCUCCUGUCACUUCAUCCAGGCCUGAAGGUGGCGAACCUGGCCUCUCCAAGACAGCCAAACGCAACCUGAAGCGAAAAGAGAAGAGGCGGCAGCAGCAAGAGAAAGGAGAGGCAGAGGCUUUGAGCUGGACUCUUGAUAAGGUGUCACUGGGCGAGCCGGCCCAACUCCCCUGUGCUCUGCAGGGCUCCCGGGCUGCCCCUACAACUGCCUCUGACCAUCCUGACUCAGCUGCCACCACCGAGAAAGCCAAGAAGAUAAAGAACCUGAAGAAGAAGCUCCGGCAGGUGGAAGAGCUGCAGCAGCGGAUUCAAGCUGGGGAAGUCAGCCAGCCCAGCAAAGAGCAGCUGGAGAAGCUGGCAAGGAGGAGGGCGCUGGAGGAGGAGCUGGAGGACUUAGAGCUCGGCCUGUGAGGCCUCUGGAGAAUCCAGGAUGGACUGCAGAACAAACCAUGGGGUGCUCUGGGGUCUGGGGAAAUGUGGGCAGCAGUCAGGAGGGGUACUCCCCAUCCUGCCUCACUUCCACCUCUUGCAGCCCCAUUUUGUCUUUCAGAGCCUAGCCUCUCCUCAUUCCUUCUCUUCCCAGCUCCUAUUUUUUGGACUUCCCCCCACCUGUUCCCAGUGUCCAAAAUCUGAGUGAUUCCCCCAGGUACCCUUGCUGCUGAUUUGGGUGUCUUGUUUAAAAGAGAAGUGGGUGGGUGGGAAUCUCUCGGAGGACUGAGGUUGAGGGUAGAGGAAAUACGCCCAAGUCUUGGAGUCUUUGUUCCUGUUAUCAGUGUUUAUGGGUUAUUUCUCCCUCCAUCCCUCACCACAUUUUUUUUUUUUUUUUAAGAAUGAGAAUAAACAAGUAGACAACG